CGCUAUGCUAAUGCAACUUAUAAAAACACCCUCAGUGUCAAGGUAGAACAUUAAUACUUCGCGGUAACUAUCGGGUGAAAGAAGUAGAAAUGUUCCAAAUUAAAUUAGCUGUUUCGUUAUUCAUUUUGGCCUCAUUGGGGGCCAUGGUCAAUGCCAAGAAAAUGGUCAACUGCUACUAUGGCACCUGGGCCAAAUAUCGCACCGGCAACGGCAAUUUCGAGGCCGAGAACAUUGAUCCAUUUUUGUGCACCCACAUAAGUUAUAGCUUCUUUGGAAUUGAUGGUCCAAGUGGAAGAUUUAAAUCCUUGGAUACAUGGCUUGACAUGGAUACGGGAUUGGGCAUGAUCCGUAAAACCAUGCAGUUGAAAAGCAAAAAUCCCAAUCUUAAGAUUUUGGCCGUUGUUGGUGGCUGGAAUGAAGGUUCUGACAAGUUUUCGGCCAUGGCUGCUGAUCCCCAUAAGAGAAAGGCAUUCAUAGAUUCUUCGCUGGCUUUUAUUAAACAAUACGGUUUCGAUGGUCUCGAUAUCGAUUGGGAAUAUCCGGCACAACGUGAAGGAUCAUCACCGAGGGAUAAACAGAACUUUGUCACUCUAUUGAAGGAAUUGAAGAAUGCUUUAUCACCAUUGAACUUGGAAUUGGGCAUUGCUGUGGGAGCCUCGGCAACAACGGCUGCUAUUUCGUAUGAUAUUCCUAAUAUUGCAAAAUAUGUGGACUUUAUCAAUGUCAUGACCUAUGAUUUCCAUAACCAGGCCACAUUAUCUUACAAUUCACCGCUCAAGGGUCAAGGUGAAAACAAUGUUGAAUCUGCCAUUAAAUAUUGGUUGAAUGCAGGAGCCCCUGCCUCUAAGCUCAUUAUGGGCUUGGCAUUUUAUGGCCGUCACUUCGCCUACGCCCAACAACCUCAGGCUGGUGCCCCCCAAUUGGGCGAGGGAACACCGGGACCAUACACCCAACAACGUGGCUUCUUGGGUUACAAUGAAAUUUGCCAAUUGAAAAAUUCCGGCUAUAACUUCCAGUUUGAUAAUGCCCAUGGAGUACCCUAUGCCUAUAAUGGCAAUCAAUGGAUCGGCUUCGAUGAUGCCAAGAGUAUUGCCAUGAAAGUCCAAUUGGCAAAUUCUUUGAAUUUGGGUGGUGCCAUGGUAUGGUCUUUGGAAUCCGACGAUUUCCGUGGUGAAUGUGGUGAGAAAUAUGUGCUGUUGAAUGCCUUGAACAGUGCCUUGGGUGGAAGUAGUAGUUCGAAUCCAAAUCCUCCACAAACGGUCACAACUAGGAAACCUUCGGUCGUUGUAACUUCGGCACCAGUUGUGAGUAAACCCAAUGCCCCUGCCGGAUGCAGCAGUGAUGGUUACUUUGCCAAUCAAUCGGAUUGUAAUCGUUUCUACCAAUGUUCUGGAGGUGUACGUUACGAGUACAAUUGUGCCGCUGGCCUUCAUUUUGAUACGGUCUCCCUGUCAUGUACUUGGCCCGGUCAAGCCAAUUGUGGUAAUUGAAAAUUGAGAAAGUUUUGAAUAAAAAAAUUAUGAAAUAAAAUGGAAUUUUGCAUGCACAA